AUGUACGUGAUAUAUCCUGCAGAAGAAGUAGUUUCCCUGACGUACAGCUCGUACUCGCUGCCCCGCGCUCGGCAGCGGCCGACGCUCGACGUACUGUUCGAGCCUCCGCCCCAGCCGUCCCCGCCGCGCCCCUGCACCCCGUCCCCCGCCCCGCCCCGAGCCGUCUCCUUCCCCAAAACGGCGCCCCCGGAGCCCGCGGAGCGCGCGCCGGCCUCGCCGACGCCGUCGCUCGAACGGCCGGCCAAACUGCGCGAGCGCACCAAAGCGAAACUGCUCAAGAAGCUCGGACGCCACGAUGACAGCGAAUUCGGCAAAAUCGUUAGGACCCCCGCUCCAGAUGAGUUCGAACUGCCCGCCCCCUUGCCUACUCCGGCCUUCUCGCGGAAGAACAUUUUCGACAGAAACUUUGAUGCACUGUUCGAGGUAGCGAGCACGCCUCAGUUUACUGCGAACAUUCGUGUCACAACUCCUGAACCCGACCGGCGCUCGGACGCGUCGGGCACACAGUUCCCUUCUCCAGCGACAUCAUCCCUUAGCUUACUUCCGCCACGACCUUAUUCCGAACCCGUGGCCUCCAACCCCUCACCCGCGCCUUCCGCUAGAACAUCCACACCUUCGACGCCGACACAUCGAUCGUCUCUUGAAGGUUUUUAA